CAAACGUCAAAUUUUGUAGAUGAUGUCGGAAAUACGUCAAAGUGUUAAUCGAUUCAAUUAAAUGUACUUUAUUUAGAGCUAAUAAAGCAAAAUGAAUCAGGAAGAUAUUAAAAAUGUAGUCCAGGAAAAAUUCCUAUCAAGUGAAAAAGUUACGGCUUUCCUGUGCGAUGCUAAGUUACAUUGUGAGACUGUGAAGAAAGAUAGGAUCCUGGUUAUCGUGGAGUAUGGAGACGAAAAAGCAGUAUUUUGUUUGUUCACAUCAUGUCACCCACCUAAAUCCUUCACCGACUUAUCUAUAGAAGUAGUUUUACCCAUCGAUAACACCUUCAAAUGUGAAAUCGAUAACAAGCCAUCAGACCCAGAGGCGGUCUUGUACCUGAACUUACAAUCCCGUAAUUCUAAAUUUAAGUUUGAAAUUGAUAUGACUCCGCGUGUAGACAACUUUGUUGACGAUUUAUUUAGAGGUAUAGAAGCGGUGAGUAAAAUGCCAACACAACCAGAGUUUGUAUGGCUGAAAAAGUAUAGUGGUAAAAAUGAGGAAGAUGCAGUGGCCCAGAUGGUUUUACCGCGAAGUGGUGUCGCUCAUACACAAGGCGCUGCUCCCGUAGCAAUCAGAGAGAGCCUCAUCAAAAGGAAGAUGAGUGACAAAGAGCUUGACUACACAUUCACUAAGAAGUUUACAGUUUUCUGUGGUACAUGGAAUGUUAAUGACAAAUCCCCAGUGAUCCCAUUAGAGGGAUGGUUAAAUGUAGACAAGGAACCACCAGACAUAUACGCAGUUGGUUUUCAAGAGCUUGACUUGUCGAAAGAGACUUUUCUCUUUGAUCAGACAUUCAGGGAAGAUGAAUGGUACAAUGCAGUUGUCAACUAUGUGGGUAAGAGGGCCAAAUAUGUUAAGGUAGAGAAAGUAAGACUUGUUGGUAUGAUGCUAAUUGUGCUCAUCAAGCAGAAACACAUGUCCCACGUCCGUAACAUAGUCUGUGACACUGUAGGGACGGGCAUAAUGGGGAAAAUGGGUAACAAAGGAGGAGUUUCCAUCAGGUUUGACUUGCACAGCACAUCUAUGUGUUUUGUGAACUCCCACUUAGCUGCCCAUGUGGAGGAGUUUGAAAGGAGAAACCAAGAUUUCCGAGAUAUCUGCAAUAGGACAAGAUUCUUGCAACCUAAUCAACAAUCCAAAGGAAUAAAAGACCAUGACCAAAUAUACUGGCUGGGAGACCUGAACUAUCGCAUAACUGAACUGGACCCCACUACUGUUAAGAAAAUGGUGAAUGAUAGCAAUUUUGGAGCAGUUCUCGAGUGGGACCAGCUCAAGCAACAGCAUAAGAACAACUUUGUAUUUGCCGGCUAUUCUGAGGGGACCAUCACAUUCAAACCCACCUAUAAAUAUGAUCCAGGUACUGACAACUGGGAUUCCAGUGAAAAGAACAGAGCUCCAGCGUGGUGUGACAGGAUAUUUUGGAGAGGUGAUGGUAUCACACAGCUGGAUUACAGGAGCCACCCAGCCCUGAAUAUAAGUGACCACAAACCAGUUUCAGCUAUAUUCAGAUCAACUGUCAAAGUUAUUGAUGAAGAAAAGUAUAGGAAAGUGUAUGAAGAUGUCAUCAAACAGCUAGAUAAAAUGGAAAAUGAACUGAUACCACAAGUGAAAGUUGAUGUCACUGAAAUAGAUUUCGGAACGGUGCGUUACUUAGAACUGCAAGUGAGGACUAUCACUAUAAAGAAUAUAGGCAAGCUGCCUGUCGAGUUUGAGUUUAUAAAGAAACUAGACGAAACCAGCUUCUGUAAAGAAUGGCUUAUUGUGGAACCGUAUAAAAAAUGCAUUUGUGCUGAAGAAUCAUGUGAAAUUCAGCUAAAAGUACUCAUAAAUAAGACGUCGGCAUGUAAGAUUAAUGCCGGCAUUGACAAAUUGUAUGACAUUUUAGUUUUACACUUAUAUGGUGGCAAAGAUAUAUUUAUUACAAUAUACGGUACAUACCAGAGGAGUUGUUUUGGUUGUUCUAUUGAGGUGUUAGUUAACUUGAACAUGCCUAUAAGAGAAGUUGCUGUUGGUAAACUAAUUGAGCUAGAGAACAAAAGGGAUCAAACUGUGUCUAAUCAAUCAACUUACUCCAUUCCUAAAGAGAUUUGGUUUCUGGUUGACCACAUCUAUUUACAUGGGUUGAAGGAACCAAAUUUAUUUGAACAACCCGGAUUACAUUCGGAAGUUUUACAAAUAAGGGACUGGCUGGACACGGGCUCAGUUGAACCAAUUCCGGGUAGCAUCCACUCUGUCGCAGAAGCUUUACUUCUCCUACUGGAGAGCACGGCAGACCCUAUAAUACCUUAUAAUCUCCAAUCGGUAUGCCUAAGGGCUUCAUCAAACUACCUGCAAUGCAAACAGAUAGUAAUGGAGUUACCAGAGUUCAGGAAAAAUGUAUUCUUGUAUUUGUGUGAGUUUCUGCAAGAAGCAUUGCAACACAGCGCCGAAAAUGGACUAGACGCGAAGACAUUGUCCACGUUGUUUGGCGAGAUAUUCCUUAGGGACAACCCCAAUCAAGUACAAGAGCCCCAAACGAGGAUCAACAAGCAAGUGAUAGACAAGAAAAAGGCACAAUUUGUUCAUCACUUCUUAAUUAAUGACCACAGCGACUUAAUUUUUACAAGAUAAAAAAGCACUUUAUUAAUUGUUAUUUUUUGUUAAUUUAUUUUAUGGAAUAUUCGUUUUUUCUGGGGAAGGGAAGUAGUAAGUCUCUAAUAAUUCUAAUACUCAAUAUUUUCCAUUAGUAGAUAUCUUAAAUUAUUUUGUAAUAUUUUUAUUACCUUAAGAUUUUUUGUAUUAUAAUAAUUACCAUUGUUAUUUUCUUGUCCCACAAUAAUACUAUAUAUAGUUUGUGUCUAUAUUAGACAUCACUAUUAUUGUGACCUAUAAAACUUCCAAACGAAAACCUUUAUAAUAACGAUAUAAAGUAGUAAUAAUUGUACCACUAGAUAUAAACCUAGUGGUUAUAUCUAAACAAUGUUUUAGACAAAAACAUGUAUUUUUAAACAAGUAUAGUCGCUUUCUAGCCAAUCUAUGUGAUACACAUAGUAUUGUGUAUUGUCCAAAUAUACCUAAAAAAAACUUAAAUUAUGUGAUUUGUAUACUAGCAAGAACUUGGAAACCGUAUACUAACAAGAAAUUAUAUUCUCCAAAGGUGCCGUAACUGUACUAAAGAGUAUACUCUUAAUUACUUACAUUCAUACAUUUAAUUUUUUUCUAUUUAUAUGUUUUACGAAACCAAUUUAAAUAAUAUUUGUCUUAAAAAAAAAAUAAUAACAACAUUUAGUUAAAGAAAAACAGGAAAUAAUAAAUGUUAUGAAAAUUAUGUAAUAAUAUUUAGUGAAGUACAUGUAUUAUACCAUGUAUACGGUAUAUAUAUUAUGCAACUGGAUAUCUAAUCGUGGUAUGAUACAAUAUGGGUUAGGUUCCCAGCAAAGGUUAGACGAGUGUAGCUUCGUGUAAUAACCAAUCCAGGGUCUUGGUCACUGCUGCACCCCGGAAAGGUGAGGAUCCCAUUGAGACUCACGCCAGGAAUUUGUUUGUUGAAAAGUUUGCACGAACUAAGAAUAGGAACCAAAUAUCACAAAAUUCCUAAAUAUUGUUGGACUACAGAUCUGACUUAGAUAAAUAAUUUAUUUCAUUAUUUCUAUUUGUAACAUUAUUUGUGUAAGUCACACCAUUUUCAUUAGUUUAUAGUACCCCGUAGUAGUUUUAAAUUUGAGGGUAAACUAAUUUUUACUUGAGAACAUGAUGCUCUCCAAAAGAGACAACGAAUAUGACUAAUUUUGUAAUAAAUAUGAUUAUUAAAUUGUAUUGGUGUAUUUCCUAUCUAAGGAUAUUAGCUUCGUUUUGUAAAAUUUACAAAAGAUUUUAUAUACGUGAUCAUUUAUUAAUUUAAAUUAUAGACAUUGUUAUGAACAAUACCCGGAAUAUAAGUUGAACAAAAAUGGUGGACUGCGCCUGCGCACAUGCUUUUACUAGCCUAUAUAGUCUAUAAAACCUAGUCGCUAUAAUCCCAGUGAAUUGUAAUUGCAUUGCGCUUAGCCCAAUUUAUGUCCAGGGCACUGCACGUCUCAUCUCACGAUGUAUACAUUGUCACUUCGUUGUUUAUUUUAAUGAUAAGGCUGAUUUCAGAAUGAAGCCGUCAAGACGCGCCGUUGACCAGCGCGUUCGAAACGACAGUAUUAUCGCGUUUCGUUGCAAAGUUUUUUCGAUUAAAUAAUUUCGGCUGUCAUGGCAUUAAAGCACGGGUUCCCGAUCAUCCAUAAUCAUUAUAAUUUGGUGUAUGGGAGCCAACUUAAAGAGUUAUACAUUUCUAGUUUUUAUUAUUUAUUUUUGUAGGCAGUGGCAACAGAAAAACACCAUGCGAAAAUUCCAACUGUCUAGUUAUCAUGAUUAAUAAGAUACGUUGAUAGACAGAUUUUACCCUUUGGAUACGGAACCCUAAAACUAACUUAACAUUAAACUACCCUUUUUAAGUACCUAUGUUCUUUAAUAAAUAUUUUAUGUUUAUCAAAGCAGUCUGGAAUUUUAUUGUAAAUAAUUUUUAUUUAAUUUUACA